CGGGGGCGGGGCUUCGGCCGGCUGAGGCGCCGCCGCCCUCGGUCUGAGGAACCUGGGACUCGGGUCCCGGAGCGGGUGGCGCGCGGACGGCGGCGGGCGCGAGAGCGGGCGCGGGUCUCGGCUCCUCAGGCUCCCCGAGCGCUGGUCCGCUCUCCUCUCCGCCGGGACGCGGGAGAGUCCGGCGCGCGGCGGGGGCGGCCAAUGCGAAACUGGCUGGUGCUGCUGUGCCCGUGUGUGCUCGGGGCCGCGCUGCACCUCUGGCUGCGGCUGCGCUCCCCGCCGCCCGCCGGCGCCUCCGGGGGCGGCCCCGCAGAUCAGUUGGCCUUAUUACCUCAGUGGAAGUCUAGUCAUUAUGAUGUGGUAGUUGGUGUGUUAUCAGCUCGCAAUAACCAUGAACUUCGGAAUGUGAUAAGAAGCACCUGGCUGAAGCAUUUAAUACAACAUCCAGCAUUAAGUCAACGUGUGCUUGUGAAGUUCAUAAUAGGUGCUCAUGGCUGUGAAGUACCUGUGGAAGACAGGGAAGACCCUUAUUCCUGCAGACUACUCAACAUCACGAAUCCAGUUUUGAAUCAGGAAAUUGAGGCAUUCAGUCUUUCUGAAGAUACUUCAUCAGGGCUCUCUGAGGACCGAGUCGUCAGUGUGAGCUUCCGAGUUCUCCACCCGAUCAUUAUUACCAGUCUUGGGGUGUUUGAUGAUGCCAACGAUGUGGGCUUCCAGAGGAACAUCACUGUCAAGCUUUAUCAGGCAGAACAGGAGGAGGCCCUCUUCAUUGCUCGCUUUAGUCCUCCGAGCUGUGGUGUGCAGGUGAACAAGCUAUGGUACAAGCCUGUGGAGCAGUUCAUCUUACCAGAGAGCUUUGAAGGUACAAUUGUGUGGGAGAGCCAAGACCACCAGGGCCUGGUGUCAAGAAAUCUCCACAGAGUGACAGUAAAUGAUGGGGGAGGCGUUCUCAGAGUCAUCACGGCUGGAGAGGGUGCAUUACCUCAUGAAUUCAUGGAAGGUGUGGAGGGAGUUGCAGGUGGUUUUAUUUAUACUAUUCAGGAAGGUGAUGCUCUCUUACAAAACCUUCAUUCUCGCCCUCGAAGACUUAAUGAUCAUAUAAGUAAUCUCCAGGAGGAAGAUGCCUUACUGAAGGAGGAAAGCAGCAUCUAUGAUGAUAUUGUUUUUGUGGAUGUUGUUGACACUUACCGAAAUGUUCCUGCAAAAUUAUUGAACUUCUAUAGAUGGACUGUGGAAACAACCAGCUUUGAUUUAUUGCUAAAGACAGAUGAUGACUGUUACAUUGACUUAGAAGCUGUUUUUAAUAGAAUUUCCCAUAAGAAUCUGGAAGGGCCUAAUUUUUGGUGGGGAAAUUUCAGAUUGAAUUGGGCAGUUGAUCGAACUGGAAAGUGGCAGGAGCUGGAGUACCCUAGUCCUGCUUACCCUGCCUUUGCGUGUGGGUCAGGGUAUGUGAUCUCCAGGGACAUCGUCCACUGGCUGGCCAGCAACUCGGGGAGAUUAAAAACCUAUCAGGGUGAAGAUGUCAGCAUGGGCAUUUGGAUGGCAGCCAUAGGACCUAAAAGAUAUCAGGAUGGCCUGUGGCUAUGUGAGAAGACUUGUGAGACGGGAAUGCUGUCAUCCCCGCAGUAUUCUCCACAGGAACUAGCAGAGCUCUGGAAACUGAAGGAACUGUGUGAUGAUCCAUGCCAGUGUGAAGCAAGAAGAUAAUGAUUUUAAUUCGCAGUGUUUAAGGAUCAGGGUAGGUGUAUGAUAAUCUGAGUGCAAUUCUGAGGAAAGCCCGAGGUUUGGUGAUAGAAUAGAUAUGAUCUAUCAGGAUAGUUCUGGGCUGGCACUUUCACCUGUAACCAGUGUGAUAUUUCCUAAUGUUUGCACAAAGUUUCCUUUUUAAAAAUCAACUAAUUUAUUUAUAUAUUGGUACAUGAUUUGAACAAUACCAAAUUGUUUGUAAAAAGACAAAAUAUUUCUCUAGUUAGUAAUUCAGUACCUAUCACUUUUGGUUAAAAGUUGGCCUAGUUCAGAAGUCUUUAGUAACUGAGGGUUUGGAUUUCAACUGGGACUGCAGACUAGAUCUGUAUAGCAUAAUUAGGAUAAUUAAGGGCCAAAAAGAACUCACAGAAAUGCUGUGUGAUUACGUAUACCAAAGUUUGGGAUUUCUGGAAAUGUCAGAUUUUAUGGAUCUCUGAAUGAUGUGGGCAACUUGAAAAAAAAAAAACCAAUAUAAUUCUCAGUUCUGGACAUUGAUUCUAAAGUUUAUCAAGUGGACUAAUUAAUGCCUGUUUACUUUUGCCAUUUAACAGUAACCUUAAAUGUGACUCCUAUUCAAAAUAUGCUAAAUUUAAGUAAAAUUGAAUACCUCUCAGGGUUUUAGUGCCACAGGGAAAGACAUUCUAAAUAUUUGAUACUUUGAAAGAAUUUUGCUUUCUUCCAAUCAUUGCCUGCUAUUUUCCUAAUAUAAGUGAAUUUCAAUCAGAGCUGAUAGUCUUCUAUAGAAGAAUUAUUUGCUCAGCUUAGGUGUAACUGUAGGGAAAAGCAUGUAUUUUUAUAAGUACUCUUAAAAAUAGUGCAACUGAGAAGAGCGCUCAUAACACAUGUUACACAUAGAUGUGCCUCCCUAGGUUUGAGGGACAUUUCCCCAAAUGACCAAAUCAUCUUAGUAACCUUUUAAACUAGGAGUAACAAUAGUGAAUUUCUUUAAAACUAGUUCUAGGAGAGAAAUUAACUGUUCAGAUUUUAUUAGACUAGGUUCUAUUUAAUAUUUAAAUCUUCACAUAAUGAGUCACAAACUGUAAAAACACGAAGAUCAGAAAAUCAGUAGGUUCAAAUAAUUUAUUAUUGCUGUUAUGUACAAGCCUAAAAUGGUCUCUUCCCAAUGAAAACUACAAUCUUUGCUAUCCAUAGGGCAAGUUAUAAAACCAUUUAUUUCUGAUGAACCCAAAUCAUGAUAGUCUUAGUUUCUGAAUUUUAUUAGUUGGCUGUUACCAUCGCACUAAUAGAGAGUCUCCAUUUUCCACAGAAUAAAACUGUAAUGACUGUAGGUCAUUUUCUAGUUCAAUCUCUCUGCCCGGCAUCUAAAAUUAGAACAAAGAGCAUGGGCGGUGAUUAAGCCAGAGGUGACAAAGCUUGUUACAGGUUUCCCCCACAGUGGGAAGCAGAAUGUUCUGUUUGGUAUGAUUUAGUACGUUAUAUUUUGGGUAGGGGAACAUUUACCAUUAAUUAACAUGGAAAAAAUUUUGAGCAUUCCCCAGCACCCCAAAAUAACCUACUAAAUGCAUUCUUUCUAAGAGACAGGAUUUCCUCAACAUUAUGCACAUAUACCCUCCCCACAUACACACCUAACAGAUGUAUGGUCUCCAUUUAGAAUCUUUUCUAUAGAGCCAGUCUGAUGACAUGUCAUUCUGUGGGGAGCUAAGCUGGACUUCCUGUUCUGCUGGGCAACUUACUUUGAGACUCUCAUAGGACAGCAGGAGUUCUGACACAGGAACUUUGAGAAGACGUGACAGCAAUCCUUUCACCUUUUGAAUUGUCAUGAACUCUAUCAAAGGGAAAAAAAAAUCAGUUCUCUCAAAUGAGUCAUCUGUAAAACUAACUCAUUUGACAAGACCACAAUUGUGAUGACAGCUGUCACUGUCCUUUCAGUUGACCCACGUAAAUGACUAGGGCAAAGCUUAUUUUUAUCCACUACGUGAUCCCACACUCAUGCUUUCACACCAUUUAUCUGAGUCAUUGGGAAGCUGUGAGAGAGGACUCCAUGUUUGACCUAAGUGCCCUUGAUUCUUCAUACCAUUUCAGUGGUAUUUAAUAUUUCCCCCUUAAUCUGAAUAAACCAGAAAACAUUCUCAGCAGAGGAAUAAAUCUCUGAACCACUGACUUUAAACCUUUGUGAUUACUUACUUAUGAGUUACUGAAAGAACACUGGAGUGGGGCACAGGCGCCCUGAGGAUGUCACUUAAUCUCUCUGGCCUUCCUUUCCUCCUCUGGAAAGUAAGGGGGAGACUGAUGACCUACAAGGCCCCCUCCAGUGCUACCAGUCUGUAAUUACAAUGUGUGAUUGUGUUCGGCACACACAGGUGACCACCAGGCAUUGGGGAUGUAAUUAAUGAGUAAAUGCUUUGGUUUGUUCAGAAAACACUAUGAACUUCUUUCCAAAGAUGGGUUGUGAUAAAUAUUGGAUAUUUUGAUUAUAAUAGUUUCUUGAAGCUUUAGCUGGAGGUACAGCAAUAGUAUGGUGUUCCUACAAAUAUCACAUGUAUUCAGACAAAUAUUUUUCUAUCAAAAAUCAUUUUUAUAAAAGCAUCUGUUUUUAUGCAACUUGUGAUAAUAAAUGUUAUCUUUAUUUUAGAAUAAAAAUGCUUUCCUUAUUUGUGGGUUGAAUACACUUAAUGGACAGAAAAGACACAUGGGUAUUUUGACAUUUA